CGGAAUUUUAACCAAAAACCAAUGGAUUUUCCGGACAAAAUGGACUUGGAGAACGAGAGAGUGUUGAAGUUAAUAUUUCCGGACGGAGUGCCAGACAAUCUGCGUGGCAAUCCGGAGUUGGACAAUUAUCUGGCCAAAUUGGGCACUUGCAAGGUGGAACAGUUGAAAAAGGAGCAGACGCGAUUGGCAGACGAAACGCGCAGCAUCCUAGAGCAGACCCAGGACCUGGCCAUCUCCAAUUACAGAACCUUCAUCACGACGGCUGAAAACUCACGUUCGAUCUUCAGUGAGUUCCUCCGCUCGGAGCAGCAACUGGACACGCUGGUGGGCAAGCUUCCAGACCUCAGUGUUCAGUGCGAACGAUUCUUGCAGGACUCUGCCGAACUGAAUGAGCAAAGACUUACUGGAGGUGCUUGA